AGUCAGUAACAGGCAACACCGUCUCUUUCAUUUCGAAUGGGAUAUUAUUUUGUAUUAACAUCUAAAAUAUUUUGUUUGGUUAGCCUGAUUUAAAAAGAACAACCAAAAGGUUUAAACCUAACCUUGGCUAUAGUUAAGUAAAACUGAUAUAAAGUGCGACAAUCGAAUUAAGGUGUUACUCAACUUUAGAAGAUGGCUAAUUCUAAACAGAUUCCUAUCUGAAAUAAGGUGUUACUAAGCUAUAGAAGAUUGCCUGCAGAAUUAAGGAGUCACUCAACCUUGGGAAAUCGCUUGCUGUCAUUAGAGGUGCUACCCGACAAUUGUAAACUAAGGUGCCCAAAUUUCGCGAAAUAGAAACUAUGUGCCAUACAUGAGAUGUAAAAAUGUAUUCUAGUUUCAAAAUGAUUCCUACAAUUUAUCCUCCAAAACUGGUGCACGUUGUAACAAAAGACAAUCAAUGUGGUUUCGGGAAAUGGAGGCCAAAAUGGCUGCAAAUCUUUGCUGAUCCCAAAUGUUAUUUCUUAGUAUUUUCAGCCUUGAGUAUCAUUCAGGGCACUUAUUUUACGUAUUUCGUUGGCAUCAUGUCAACAUUAGAAAAGCGUUUCUCGUUUGGAAGUGGAAUGUCAGGAUACAUACUGAUAGCCGGUACUCUGAGCCCGAUUCUGAUUGGCAUUUUAAUUGGCUACUUUGGGGGACGAUUCCACAAACCGAAAUUGGUCUCAGCUAGCUUGUUGUUCGCCGCUGUUGGGUGCUUCCUGAGUGGAACACCCUACCUCAUUUACGGACCCGGACUGCAUAUUCUCCGCAAACCAAUGGGUUCCUCCUCGGAUAAAAGAGAAUUUUGUGAUUCUGACAACCAGAUCGAUGUUUGUGAGAAGGCGUUUUCACAACCGGUGACUGACUUGUUUUUCUUGGCUAAUUUCCUGACUGGAUUCGGAUACACUGCUUUCUACAUCAUUGGGAUGCCAUAUCUGGAUGAUAACAUUAAAAAGAAAAAUUCUCCUUUGUAUUUUAGUGCAAUGGCUGCUCUCAGGAUAUUCGGACCCACUUUAGGAUUUCUUUUGUCCUCCUUUUGUCUCAAAUUCUACGAAGAUCCAUUUUAUGAUCCAGGAAUCGAUUCUCGCAAUCCGAGAUGGGUGGGUGCGUGGUGGAUGGGAUUUUUCAUUCUUGGAAUCGCCCUGCUUUUCUUCACUUUCCUUCUGGCUCUCUUUCCGAGAGAACUGCCCGCUCGUUUUCGAUCUGAAAAGAAAAAUGUCAAGAAAGAAGAUUCCAAAGAGGCAGACAUGCCCAAACUGAAAGAUUUUCCGAAAUCAGUGAAGAAGCUGAUGAAGAAUCCGAUAUUGGUGUGUCACGUGAUCAGCAUCACUUUCCAAGUGAAUGGAUUUGCUGGCUAUUUCGUCUUCAUGCCGAAGUUCAUGGAAUCUCAAUAUCAUCAAUCCGCUUCAGAUGCCAGUCUAUUCUCUGGUGCCACUGGAAUCAUUUCCAUGCUGCUGGGUAUUCUGAUCGGUGGCUUCCUGAUCAAGAAAUAUAAGCCACGCCCUAAGUAUCUCACUGGAUAUAUGGUUUUAGUGGAAGUAUUUUCAGUCAUUGGACUUCUUGUGUCCAUAUUCCUUGGGUGCUCACAGAUUCAAAUGCCCGGAACAACUCUUAAUCCAGACAAGUCUCUCUCCCUGUACAAUGAAUGCAAUGCAGGAUGCAGUUGUACUCGAAGGGUAUUUGAGCCAGUUUGUGGUUCAGAUGGAGUGUCCACUUUCUUCUCUCCCUGCUUUGCCGGAUGUCCGAACACCACAGGACUCAAUUUCCCACCUGUUACUGCCGUCCCCACCACAGCCAUGAACACUACAAUAUUUCACGACUGUAAAUGUAUAGCCAGUUUAAAUAGCACACUUUCUGACUUCAACAGCACUUACACAUCCUCCUUCGUAACAAGUGGAUUCUGCGCAACUGGUUGUACUAUGUUCAUGGUCUAUAUCAUUGUGCUGUGUGUCAGCAAAUUUAUCUCUUCGACAGCACGAGUUGGAAAUACACUCAUUACCUUCAGAUGCGUGGAUGCUGAAGAUAAAAGUUUUGCUCUCGGUGCUUUCGGGAGUAUCCUCUCCUUAUUUGCUUUCAUUCCCUACCCACUGAUCUACGGUGCUCUGACAGAUUCAGCCUGUCUUGUGUGGGAAGAGAGCUGCUCACAGACAGGCAACUGUUGGUUAUACGACAGCGACAAAUUUAGAUACUAUCUGCACGGCAUGUCUAUGCUGCUCAUCAGUAUAGGCAUCUGCUUCGAUAUCGUGGUUUUCUUCCUGAGUGACCGACUCAAGAAUUUUUACGGAGAAGAAGACGAAGAAGAGGAAAAGACAUCAGUUGAUAGACUUGCCAGGUGGAUUAAAGAAGAAGAGGAGGAAGACAUCAUCUUCACGAAAUGUCCAAGGACGGAUCCCAAUCUUGAGAUGGAUCCCAUUAUUUAAGCCUGAUCCACUUUUUCGAUCUGACUCUUUCAAAAUAUUUAUUUCUUUAUAGUUCGAGAACUGGACAUUUUAAUCAUUUUUAAUGCCUGGGUGUUAAACAAAAAUAUUGCCAUUAGUUUUGUAGCUAUGACAGUGGUGGGCUAACAAUUAAAUACCCUUAAAAUCAGAGGUCUACAAAUUCUGAGUGACAGAUUGGACUACCUAGAAAAUCAUAUCUGGUGCCGAAAGUUUUGUAUAUAAACCCUAAAAAUUUGAGUAUUCAUGAAAAAAAUAUUUUUCUAAACAGAACUAAAAUAAAAAUUCUUUUUCAAUAUUG